AUGGGAAAACGUUUCCCAGGUAACAAUUCUCUGCCAGAAAUUCAAGCAUCAGGUGCCUACGUUUUCCGACCGUUGACAUCGGAGACACAGCCUGUGAGCACCACUUGUGCGAUAACUUGUACAAAAACGGAAACAGUUCAUUCGGCUAUGAUCGUAUUCAAUGAAUGGGCUAGUCAAGAAGUGAACCUCUAUCGUGAAAUGUCAACUGUUGAAGUAGAAUGGAUAGUUGGACCAAAUUCGAUUGAUGAUAAUGUCGGUAAGGAGAUUGUUGUACGAUCUGAUACCGAUAUUAAAAGUGCAUCGAAACAUUAUACGGAUGCCAAUGGACGUCAAGUACCCGAACGAAUACGUGACUAUCGGCCGCCAUGGAAUUAUUCCAUUGUCGAAAAUGUCAGUGGUAAUUAUUAUCCGAUAAAUAGUCGCAUUUGGAGUCAAGAUGCCACACGCCAAUUUACUGUACUCACAGGUAAUAAUGAUAAUGAUUAA